ACCUCGCCCACAACCACAUAAGCAAGUUUUCAUUUCAUUUCGUUUCAUUUCAAUUUCAACUUCAUCCUUCGUCUUCUUCUUCUCCGUCAAUCCAGCCUCUCUCUUUCUCUCUCUCUCUCUCUCUCUCAGAAAUUAUACGGUCCCGCCGAGUCAUCUCAUCCGAUUCUUCAUCUUCAUUGGUGUGGAAGUCUCACCCGUUCGCUCACUCACUCACUCAUUCACUCACUGAGUGACUCACUAACUCGCUCGCUCUUCAGAUCUGAUUGGUUGCGGAUCGAAAUGGAGGAGGCGCUGGAACUGUCACGCGCUAAGGACACGAAGGAGAGGAUGGCGGGCGUGGAGCGCCUCCACCAACUUCUGGAAGCUUCCAGAAAGAGCCUCUCGUCUUCCGAGGUGACUUCGCUCGUCGACACUUGUAUGGAUCUCUUGAAGGACAAUAACUUCCGCGUCUCGCAGGGCGCGCUGCAGGCGCUCGCCUCCGCCGCCGUCCUCUCCGGUGACCACUUCAAGCUUCACUUCAACGCACUGCUCCCCGCUGUCGUCGACCGUCUUGGCGACGCCAAACAGCCUGUUCGAGACGCCGCCAGGCGCCUCUUGCUCACUCUCAUGGAGGUUUCUUCUCCAACUAUAAUUGUUGAAAGGGCAGGGUCCUUUGCUUGGGCACAUAAAAGCUGGAGAGUUAGAGAGGAGUUUACGCGAACUGUCACAGCUGCAAUUAAUUUAUUUGCAUCUACAGAGCUCCCACUUCAACGGGCUAUCCUUCCCCCUGUUUUGCAUUUGCUUAACGAUCCAAAUCCUGCUGUUAGGGAAGCAGCUAUUUUGUGCAUUGAAGAAAUGUAUACACAAGCAGGGCCUCAAUUUCGUGAUGAACUUCACCGUCACAAUCUUCCUUCAUCUUUGGUGAAAGAUAUUAAUGCCAGGCUUGAAGGGAUUCAGCCAAAAGUUCGCUCUACAGAUGGUAUUCCAGGUGGAUAUAUUACUGGGGAAAUUAAGCAUUUGAGUGUUAAUCCCAAGAAAAGUAGUCCAAAGGCUAAAAGUUCCUCCAGGGAGACCUCUCUUUUCGGAGGGGAAGGUGACAUCACUGAGAAACCCAUAGACCCUGUGAAGGUAUAUUCAGAUAAGGAGUUAACCAGGGAAAUUGAGAAGAUUGCAUCUACUCUUGUGCCUGAAAAAGACUGGUCAAUUCGAAUUGCUGCUAUGCAGAGAGUUGAAGGUCUUGUUAUAGGAGGUGCUACUGAUUAUCCAUGUUUUCGAGGGCUCUUGAAGCAACUUGUUGGACCUUUAAACACACAAUUGUCAGACCGAAGAUCUAGCAUUGUGAAGCAGGCGUGCCAUCUAUUGUGCUUUUUGUCAAAGGAUCUCUUGGGUGAUUUUGAAGCAUGUGCCGAAAUGUUUAUACCAGUAAGUUGGCCUAGUUAUGUUGGAUUUAUCACAAUUUUGAUGAUUUUGAAAUUAUUAAUUCUUGAUCUGAUAACUCAGGUCCUUUUCAAGCUGGUUGUGAUUACUGUGCUUGUAAUUGCAGAGUCUGCAGAUAACUGCAUAAAAACGAUGUUGCGCAACUGCAAAGUUUCUCGGGUUCUUCCCCGUAUAGCUGAUUGUGCAAAAAAUGAUCGAAAUGCUGUACUUCGUGCAAGGUGUUGUGAAUAUGCUCUUUUGGUCCUGGAACAUUGGCCUGAUGCACCAGAAAUACAUCGAUCCGCUGAUUUAUAUGAGGAUAUGAUAAAGUGUUGUGUUUCAGAUGCAAUGAGUGAGGUUCGAUCUACUGCAAGGAUGUGCUAUAGAAUGUUUGCAAAAACUUGGCCAGAGCGAUCUCGACGUCUAUUUGCAUCCUUUGACCAUGCCAUUCAAAGGUUAAUAAAUGAAGAGGAUGGAGGAAUACAUCGGCGACAUGCUUCACCUUCCAUUCGAGAUAGAGGGGCAUUGACGUCAUUGGCUAGUCAGACCUCCGCUCCCUCUAAUCUACCUGGUUAUGGAACUUCUGCUAUUGUUGCGAUGGAUAGAAGUUCAAGUAUAUCAUCAGGGACAUCUAUCUCCUCUGGUAUACUUCUAUCACAAGCUAAGUCACUUGGUAAGGGUACAGAACGUAGUUUGGAGAGCAUGUUACAUGCAAGCAAGCAGAAGGUUUCUGCUAUUGAAAGCAUGCUUAGAGGCUUGGAUUUGUCUGAUAAGCAUAAUUCAUCUUUCCGGUCAUCGAGUUUGGAUCUAGGAGUUGACCCUCCAUCAUCUCGUGAUCCACCUUUCCCUGCUGCUGUCUCCGCAACUAAUCAUCUGACAAGCUCUUUAACAACAGAAUCAACCACUUCUGGCAUCAAUAAAGGUAGUAACCGAAAUGGUGGUCUUGGUUUGUCUGACAUAAUCACCCAGAUUCAAGCUUCAAAGGAUUCUGCCAAGUUGUCCUAUCAUAGCAAUGUUGGUAUCGAACCUUUAUCAUCAAUAUCAUCAUAUUCAAGUAAAAGGGCCUCUGACAGAUUACAAGAAAGAAGUUCACUUGAUGAUAACAGUGAUAUUAGAGAGACUAGGAGAUUUAUAAAAUCCAACCACGAUAAGCAGUAUUUGGAUGCCCCUUAUAGAGAUGGGAACUUUAGGGAAUCACAUAAUAGUUAUGUGCCUAAUUUCCAGAGACCGCUUUUGAGAAAGAAUGUGGCUGGACGCAUGUCUGCUGGCAGGAGGAGGAGUUUUGAUGAUAAUCAGCUAUCUCUUGGAGAGAUGCCAAAUUAUGCAGAAGGACCCUCAUCUCUUCACGAAGCUUUGAGUGAAGGACUUAGUUCAGGUUCUGACUGGUCUGCUAGGGUUGCUGCCUUUAAUUAUCUUCAUUCUUUGUUGCAGCAAGGGCCAAAGGGAGUUAUUGAAGUUGUUCAGAACUUUGAGAAGGUAAUGAAAUUGUUUUUCCAGCACUUGGAUGAUCCCCAUCAUAAAGUUGCACAAGCUGCUCUUUCAACACUUGCAGAUAUUGUUCCAGCAUGCCGAAAGCCUUUUGAAGGUUACAUGGAGAGAAUAUUACCCCAUGUUUUUUCUCGGUUAAUUGAUCCUAAAGAACUUGUCAGGCAGCCAUGUUCAACAACUUUGGAAGUUGUGAGCAAAACUUACAGUAUAGAUUCUCUUUUACCGGCAUUAUUACGCUCACUAGAUGAACAGAGGUCCCCAAAGGCUAAAUUGGCUGUUAUUGAAUUUGCAAUCAAUUCCUUUAACAAACAUGCUAUGAAUCCAGAAGGUGCUGCUAAUAUUGGCAUCCUAAAAUUAUGGCUUGCUAAGUUAACCCCUUUGGUUCAUGACAAAAAUACAAAGCUUAAAGAAGCAGCCAUUACAUGCAUUAUAUCAGUGUAUUCACACUUUGAUUCGAUUGCUGUUCUUAAUUUCAUUCUGAGUUUGUCAGUUGAAGAACAAAAUUCUUUGAGACGAGCUUUAAAACAAUAUACCCCUCGCAUUGAAGUAGACCUAAUAAACUAUCUGCAGAACAAGAAAGAAAGACAACGUUCUAAGUCUUCCUAUGAUUCAUCUGAUGUGGUGGGAACAUCCUCUGAAGAUGGAUAUGUUGGUUACUCUAGGAAGGCUCAUUACCUUGGAAGGUAUUCUGCUGGAUCCCUUGAUGGUGAUGGUGGCAGGAAAUGGAGUUCCCAGGAUUCAACACUAGUGAAAGCUAGUCUUGGUCAAACAUCAUCUGGUGAAACUCAGGAACAUCUGUAUCAAAAUUUUGAAACUGAUCCUAAUAGUGGCAGUCUUACUUCAAAAACUAAGGAUCUUGCGUAUGCAGUCAAUCCUAUGGGUCAAAACUUUACCUCUCAAUCUAGCCAACAUAGAAAUGUGGACAGUAGCAUAAACUUGGAGGGUCUUUCAACUCCUCGUCUAGAUGUAAAUGGUUUGAUGUUAUCUGAGCAUUUAAAUGUUGCGGAAGGCUAUGUAAAUGACAAAGAACAUUCUUCUGAAUUGGCACUUAAUCAUCACACAGCCGAAGAUGUAAAGAUUAACUCCAUAACAGAAACAGGACCAAGCAUUCCUCAAAUUCUUCAUAUGGUAUGCAGUGGGGGUGAUGGAAGCCCUGUUUCAAGUAAACGAACUGCACUUCAACAAUUAGUUGAUGCUUCUAUAUCAAAUGAUCAUUCUAUUUGGACCAAGUACUUCAAUCAGAUUUUGACAGUUGUGCUUGAGGUACUGGAUGAUUCAGAUUCCUCGGUCAAAGAGCUUGCUCUUUCACUGAUAGUUGAAAUGCUUAAAAACCAGAAAGGCGACAUGGAGAAUUCUGUUGAGAUUGUAAUUGAGAAGCUGCUUCACGUUACUAAGGAUAUCAUUCCUAAGGUCUCCAAUGAAGCAGAGCACUGCCUGACCAUUGUUUUAUCUCAGUAUGAUCCAUUCAGAUGUUUAAGUGUCAUUGUCCCUCUACUGGUUACUGAGGAUGAGAAAACACUUGUCAUUUGCAUAAAUUGCUUAACAAAGCUUGUAGGGCGGCUUUCUCAGGAGGAACUGAUGGCUCAGUUACCCUCGUUUCUGCCCGCUCUUUUUGAAGCCUUUGGUAACCAGAGUGCAGAUGUUCGUAAGACCGUUGUUUUCUGCCUAGUGGAUAUUUAUAUCAUGCUUGGGAAAGCAUUCUUGCCGUAUUUGCAAGGGCUUAACAGCACGCAGUUGAAGUUGGUCACCAUUUAUGCAAAUCGAAUCUCACAAGCCAGGACAGGCAAAACAAUUGAUGCCGUUCAAGAUUAGCAGGUUCAUUGGGAAGGAAACAAUUUGUGGAUUAUGGGUGUUGUCAAGUCAUUGUUGCGUAUUUUGUAUAUCUGCGUGCAUGAAUUUAGAUGUGGGUUUUAUCGUCUUUCCUUCUCAUUGGUUUUCUUUAAAUAUAUAGGUUUUUUGGUCUUUCCUUUUUCCCUGCCAAGGUUGGAAUUUGGAGAGUGCUGGUGUUGAAAUACGCGCAAAUUGUAAUCUACAUUGAGUAAACAUUAUUGAUUUUAGUAAAUGGUUUUUGAAAAAAAGUCUAAUUGAUUCAGUUUAACA